UUAGAGGCUAUACUGAUAUGUAUAGCGAAAUUAUUUGAUGAUAUUUUUAAAUAAUCUGUUACCUGUAUUAUUUUACUGUUACAUUAUUUUGAAGAAACGGCCGUAGAGUGUGUCGUAAUGUGAACUAUAAUGUGAUGCCCUUUUAAAAAUCGAUACGUUACGGUGACGUUAGCGGUGGAAAUGAGACUGGUGACAAUGCACAUAACAUAAAGAACAGACGUCCGCUCGCCAACUGUAAGAUUUAAUGUAGGAUCGCUACAGUUAACAGACUGCCUGGUCGUGCGGUUUGCGCGCUGGUCUGUCGUUCGGAUUUAUCGACGAUCGAGGGUUCAAACCCUGCCCGCUCCCAUCGCCCGUCGUCCUGCGGGAGUUUUGGACUAGGAAGAAAACUAUCUUCAACUCUGAAGGAACAUCCGAAAUAUGUAAAACAUUUUACAAACAAACAAACUACAGCAGUCUACGACGUCAAUCAAAAUGUUUAACGUCAAAGUUUCUUCCUUACCUAAACCAAAAGACCAAGAGUUGCAGCACAUUUACAACAUCAUUAAGCAGAACAAUGCUGUACAAGCCGACAUCGGAAAUAAGACUCCUCAAAUGAAGAACUCCAAUGAAACGCAGAAGACGCUGCAAGAUUUUGUUGACAACUGCAGCAAGGUUGAGGGAAGCAUUAAAGAACGACUUGAAACAUUUCGCUGUAGUGCUGACAACUGUGACACUUUAUUACAUGCUGCAGUGAGUUGUGAUGCACCCAUUGAAUUUAUUCAAUGUAUACUACAACAUUGUCCUGAUUUGAUCAAUACUACAAGGCGUGGAAGUUAUGAAGGUCAAAAUGUAUUACAUAUUGCUAUCGCGAAGGGUGAUAUUGAACUCACGAAUGUGAUUUUGGAGGCUUCAAAAAGCAAAGAAAUGUUAUUCGCGGCUUUUGCCAAGGGGUCAAAGUUCAAAAAGAGCAUUUUGAUGGGAGAAACUCCCUUGUCGGCAGCAGUCACCAGUUUAAACCGUAAAAUGAUAGGUCUUCUUCUUGAACACGGCGCUUGCAUUGAUCAAGUGAACAGCAAGGGAGAUAAUGUUAUUCACACAUUAAUCAAAUUUGCAAAACUGAAACGGGAAAAAAUACCGGAGAUCAUAGACAUGCUGAAGUAUUUCAACGAAACAAAAUUUCAAAUCCAGUAUGCGAAUGAAACAAAGGAUGUAAAUGAUUCGACAAUAACUUCAGUAGACAGGAAUGACAGUGUCGCCAAGCAACAGCUUGAAAAUAGCAACACAAGUGAAGACAUCAUUCACAGAAUGUGGUUUAAAGAGAACAGAGCCCUAAUGACACCUUUGAAGUUGGCAACCAUUCUAGGCCUACAUGAAAUCUUUCAAGUUAUGAUGAAGAUGGAAAAUGUUUUUUACUUUCCGGGCAACUUUGAUGGAGCCAACUAUGCGCAUUUUUAUGACAUUACAGAAAUUGAUCACAUUGCUCAGAGCAAGUGCACCAAACUCAGAAAAGAAAAAGCAGAUGACUUUGGGCUCAUUUUCUCAAUUAUUGUCUUUUUCUUUCCCAAAAGACCAAUUUGUGUCAUUGAAAGUUUGUGCUCCAUGAAGUGGAACGAUUCUAAACCUUUUCAUGAAAUGGAGAUCUUGACAACGAUUAUAAAGAGGAGGUGGAAACGGUAUCGAUUACCCUUUUACUUAUUUGGAAUCGUUCACCUCUGUGUGAUGUUUUUGUUUAGCACUUCUAGCCUUUGCAAAGUACGAGUACUAUAUUCAACAUGCGAUUAUUGUCCAUUUGAAAAACUCUACAGUAAAAUCGUGACUUGUAUAUUGCCGUUGUAUAGUCUCUUCAUAGCAUGUACUGAAAUGUAUAGAUGGUUUCGUUUGAAAGAUGUGCUUUUAAUGUUUUGGACAAAACACAUUGAUCGCUAUAACCUUUUAUACAGGCUAAGUUUAGGUUUGUUCGCUUUUUUUCUAGUAUUCGAUUUUUUUAAUAGUAUAUUUGAAGCAUUCUAUAAUUUCAUAUUUCUUGCUGCUCUGUUUUCAGGAAGCUUCUUUUGUCUUUUCUUCUUCAAAGGAUUUGACCAAUUGUCUUUUUUCUCUGUUGUAUUUAUAGAAGCCGUUAGUAGUUUGUUUAGCUUUGGUUGCAUAAUUAGCAUUGCGUAUGCAACCUUCACAUUUGCUAUGUUCACUGUGUUGGAAGGUCAAGGCCACAUUGAUGAGUUCAGCGAUUUCGGGAACACAACUCUAACCAUGUUUAGUUUUAUGCUAGGCAUCAAAGAGUUAACGUUCCUGAACGAGGUUGACGGGAUCAAUCGAGUUUACGUUGCUCUUAUAUACGUGUGUUUUAUAUUCAUCACGUACAUAUAUUUAAUUAACUCUCUCAUCACUCUCAUGUCUGGAUCAUGUGGAGAUGUCUUUGAGGACCGACAAUCAGUCGCAAUUUUACAGAAAUCCUCAGUGAUCAUAUUCCUAGAUGGUUUGUUUCUGAAACGGCGUUUGCCUCAAGAGAAUAUCAGCUGUACUCAUUUAAGGGAAAACAGAUUUUAUAUCUCGAUCGAAACAGAAGUAGCAAAUGAGCUAAAAGAUUAGCUUCAAAGAAACAAGGACUAACCUGCUACAGAAUUUGAACAAAAUAAAUCUAAUUUGUAAUCUUCGAUUUUCUAAGCAUUCAAAUACAUAUGCAUUUGUUACGAAUCUGACAAUUUGCGAUUCUAGAUCCGAAAUGUGUGAAAUAUGAUAAACUUUGGCCUACCGGAAAUGUUCAUUUUUGAUGGAGGCAAAUCCAUAAAUAUCGAGCUUUGGUGUAUCCGGUGUAAAGAUAACUGCCCUAUUGAAAAGUGGUGUAUUUUAAUAAACAAUUAACUACUUUUUCAAAACUUUUUGGCACUGUAAAAUCCCAUUUCUCUUUCCCUAGUAGUACAAAGAAUUUACGAAGCUUAUACAACCCACUCCGACUAUCUGCUCGUAUGGGUGGGAUCUUUUGUACGUUACAAGUCGGAUAUGACCCACGGCAUACGGGCCUUGAUCUACUGGAUUUAAUUUAGAUCUAUGUCAAAAAUGGAGAAUGUUCCCUUCACAUUUGUUUAUUUUGUAACGAAAAUAAAAGUAGAUUGUGAAAAGAGUUUACCCGUUCAGUCGACAUAAUCAUAUUAAAUAUAAAAUACUGUGAAAACGGGUUUACCCGAUUUGUUUAAAAGUUUCGUUCUUUAAUGGAGAUACAAUUAGGUACUUUUAUAUAAUAGAUUUGUCCCAUGUUUCCAUUCUUGGUAGAUAAGCUUUGUGUGAAAAAAAAAGUAGAUCGUCUGCUAAACGUUUAAAACUAACACUAGAAAAAACCUUCUGUUUCAAUACAUCAUUGGCGAAAACGGUGGCCUUCCAUCGCGGAAGCUCGAGUUCGCAUUGAGACUAGAGCAACUUUAUAUUUUUAGCGGUCCACGAAAGGGGAAAAGACGCUAGAAAUCUAUGUGUGGCCAGUCUGUCCGUCCCGUUUAGAUCUCGUAAACUAGAAAAGAUAGUGAAAAUCCGACAUCACAAUACUUUAGAGUCACUUUAGACCAUUCAAAGUACUGAUGCAGCGGCUACAUUUUUCUUUUCUGAAAGCGAAAAAUCUAAUUUUUUAAAUCACUAAUGCAAGCAGUUUUUUUUUCAUAAAAAAUACACGCUUUUAUUCACUAUUAAUAGUAACAAACACUUGAGGCUCCUUAUUAGGGGAGACAACUAUUUACCAUAUUUUUAACACUUUUAUGCAAACGGUUGUAGAUUUUUUUUUUUGGUCAAAUUUUUAUAAAAUUUGUAUUGUUAAGUUAUGUUUCUAUUAUACUAAGUACUAUAUUUCCACACAAAAAAUGUUUAUUAUUUUUUAAAGAGAAAAAGUCUAUUUAGUAUGCAUAUAAGUUGGAUAUAAUUUUAAACAACAAUUAAAAAGUAGUUUUUCAUAUUAUCGCGUCAACUGCCACUAGUCACUGAUCACGCGUAAAAUAAAUUUUUGGGAUUUUUUUUUU